AUGUCGGAACCAAAGUCAAUUGCUAUUGUCGGUGCGGGCAUAUUCGGGCUAUCGCUGGCGGUUGCCCUCAGCAAGAAGCCCGGAAAUCGAGUUCAUGUCUUUGACAGACAUCAAUACGACGAGUCGGGAUACUCGCCCGAUUUCGCCCACAGUACCCAGGCAGCUUCCGUGGACCAUAACAAGAUCUUUCGAGCAUCCUACGGAAAGAGCAUCCACUAUCAACGCCUAGCGCUUGAGAGUCGCAGCGCCUGGGAGAAAAUUAACGAAUUACGCCGCGAAGAGAAGAAUGAAGAAGAGCGGUCUGACUUAUUCAGCGGCUGCGGCAUGCUUCGCGUCCAACCCGACGCCGAUCUUGGUGCACUGGAGCGUGAGACACUGCGUAAUUUUGAACGUGACGGGCUACGUGAUACACAAUUUGUGAAAAGUGAUCCCACUGACCGCCAGCGUGCCACUGAGCGCGGUUGGGACUCGAAGCUCCUUGAAUUUGCUAUCCCGGAUUCAUCUUCGAAUCAGAGCUUUGAGGCAGUUCUCGACUCUACGGCUGGUUUCACUAAGUGCAGUGAAGCUUGCGCUUACUUCUACAAGAUAGCUGAACGCCAGGGCGUCGUAUUCCACUUCGGGCCCCAGAAAGGUGGUUUUGGGAGUCUCAUAGAAGAGAACGUCCCGGAGUCAUCUAAGAAAAGGGCUAUUGGCCUGAAGACCAAGGACGGAGUUGUUCACAAGGCCGAUGUUGUGGUCAUUGCUGCCGGAUCUUUCUCCACGCAACUAUUGCCCGAGCUGUCGUACCACCUGGAAUCCUCAGCCGGAAGCGUCGUCACCUUCAAGGUCGACAAGGAUGACGAGCGACUCUGGGAUAAGUACUCUCCUGAGCGUUUUCCUGUGAUCACUUGGAAGAGCGCUGCCCGGACUGUCGAUGGCAAAGACAUCGGAAGUAUCUAUGUAUUUCCUCGGACAUCUGACGGCCUCAUAAAGAUCGGCUACAGGGGCGUUAAGUUCACGAACUUCCAGCCUGCCCCCCCUGAUGCUGGCUUCACGCAGGACGGGAAAUGGUCUGUGCCCAUGUCGCCCGCUGAUUCUCGUGUUGUACCGGACAGAGCCAGAGAGGCUAUCAAGCCGUUCGUAUCCAUUUUCCUCCCGGACUUCAAAGAACAAGAUUUUUAUUCAACAAAGAUGUGUUGGUACACUGACUCACUUGACAACUCUUUUGUGAUUGACUACGUGCCGAAUUACGCCGAUAACUCCGUGUUCGUCUGCACUGGCGGAAGUGGACAUGGAGCCAAGUUUCUCCCCGUUCUAGGUGAACACGCUGCCGAUAUUCUGCUGAAUGGUGAGCAGAGCAACUCGUUUAUGCGCCCUUACUGGCGAUGGAGAGAGACAGCGCGCAGAGGGAACGGGCUUGAGGAGGGGCCCAAGGGCCCCCGAAACAUUGGAAGUUCGAACCAAUGA